AUGUUUGUACAUGUAGAUCAUGAGCAUCAACUCACACACACACCCAAAUACAUUGGCAAAUAUUACAACAGUACGCACGAACGAAAAGAAAAAAAGCAACCUGACCCCCAUAUCAUCCCUUGCCGUAUUGGGGUGUUUCAUCUUAUCGUCUUAUCUUAUCUCAAUGUUGCCAAGAAUCGGUCCAAACCGAGCGUUACUGAGCCCUUUCGAGGACGGGUGCCAUUGCAGUCACCAGCGCUCGGACAAGUUACAAGUGAAAAAACGCGUUUCUUCAGUUUGUAGGGCGAAUUCACUUCAGCAAAUUUAAGGUGUUAAACACGCGUGCAGGAGUUUGAAAAUCGUGUGAAGUUUCGCAUCAAAAAAGUGUCGUGUGCGUGGGUUUCAUUUUCGUGAACAAUUAAACAGACGGCAAGAUGGCACGCGGCGAAGGCAAAGGUGAAAGUGUGGCCAGAUUGUCAAACCAAAUCGCCUGCAUCAAGUACACGCUGUUUUGCUUCAACAUUGUAGCAUGGAUCGUUGGUGCUGGCCUGUUUGCGUUUACCAUCUUUAUACGGGCAGAGCCGGGAUUCGAUGAAUGGAUCGCCAUCUUGGAGGUGUACGAAUAUUACAUCGGAGUGUACAUACUGAUCGCUGCCGGUGCAUUGGUUAUGAUAUUCUCCUUCCUUGGUUGCUGUUCAGCACUGAUGGAGCAUUCAUCCGCACUGUAUUUGUUCAUCGGAACGCAAGUUUUCCUGUUUAUACUUACCGUCAUCGGUUCUGCCAUCUUGCUCGAUUACUCGACAAUGAACUCAAGCAUUCAGCCGCUGAUUCGUCAAACGAUGCUUCGCUUCAUCAUCACCUCCGAGCAUCCUCACUCAUCGAGCGCCCUAAAGCUAAUCCAAGAGAGUAUUGGGUGCUGUGGAGCGGAUGGACCGAACGAUUACAUGGUGAUGCGUCAACCGUUACCGCUCGAGUGUCGCGAUACCGUUACCGGCAAUGCAUUCUUUAACGGAUGUGUCAACGAGCUGACCUGGUUCCUGGAGGAUAAAUCCAUCUGGGCCGCCAUCAUGGCAAUGAUACUGGCUGCCGUUCAUACAUGCAAUGCUGUAUUGGGCAUCGUGCUGGUUCAAGCACUGAGACGCGAGGAAGAAGCCAUGAACCGUCGCUGAAACCGGCGCAACGAUCAACGCAAAAAUUAAACCCAACAGUGACAGCACGUAAUAACAUAAUACACCCGAAGAUCCAGUACCAGGAGCAUAGAGCUAUGACAAGCUAGCAGUGAAUUGCGUCUUUUAUUUUGGUUUAUUUUUAUUAUUUUUUUUUUCAACAGUAUUCAAAUGCCAGAGCUUUCUUUUCAAACGGUUUUUACCACUUACUUUACCAUUGACUGUAGGGCACUUAGCGGUUAAUGAGAAACAAUGUCAGCAAUGUCACCCAACGUUUACAUAUGUUUGGUGUAUCGAUACAAUAAAGCAUAGGUUUAGAGAAAACAAAAAAAACA